AUGGAUUCCAGGUUGAAGUUCCACCCUGUACUGCCUUUGCCGAAUUUCGAUAUUUCGAAGACGACUCCCCGUGCGUACAGGCCAUGGAAGGCAGGAAGGUAUAACAUGACUAUGGGCAUUCGUAAAAUGCCGGAGGAAGACUGGUUACUCAUCGAUAAUCUCUACAAGAAGGAACAGGAGGCGAGAAUUAGUCUCCUCCAAAACAACUACGAAAGCGUACUUCAAUGUCUGCCUCCAGCCACAGAAGCAUGCAAAGAAGCCCUCGAGUGCAUAGUCAGCUUCCUGAUACAACGUUACCCAUCACAAUUCUGGAUGCUUAAAAGCAAGCAUGGCUAUGUCUACAACGCAAUAACAUCGAAGACGUUCCGAUUUGUUGAGCCUUACGACCAACACCCACUUGCCAUAGCUGCACAGUUAGCGAUGGAAGAUAUCAACAUACUCAUGCCAGGUACUGGAGAUACCGCAAAUGAGCAUUUCUUACAAGCAAGCUGCUCAUUUGCUCCAGCAGGAUGGUACAUCCAAGAACGUAUUGGAUGGCCGUUAUGGAAGAUACACGGACCAGUACCACUGUGGGACUUGAAGCUGAGAAAGGCGAUGGAAAGAUUCUUCCUGGGCAUAAAGGUGUCAAAUCCAGUACAGCGAAACAAUUACUUUGUGCAAACAAAUGAUACCGUGUUUCAACAAGAACCAUUUGCAGCUUCGAUCGAAUGUCCUCCAAAAAUCGAAGACAUCCGAAUCAGACAUGAACGUCAGACACUACGAAGACUUCCUCGCACGGGUGCUGUAAUGUUCUUGGUGCGAACAUACAUGGAGCCUAUCACUGAACUCUCGAAAGAUUUGGACAGCUUGUACGCGCUGCGCUCAGCAAUAAAUGCCUGGCCGGCUGAAAUGGCUAAGUACAAAGCGAGACACGUUUGGCACGAGCCAUUUGAGAAGUGGUGCGAGGAGGUGCUUGGAGACUACGUUCCCAGUCACGAAGAGAAGAAAUUAUGA